AUGGUGGCACCGCGAAUGUCGAUCAAGUUCCUGGGCACUUCGUCCAUGCCCAACCCGACUAGGAAUUACUCUUCCUUACUCUUCAAGUUGGACAACCACACCGUCAUGGUCGACUGCGGUGAAGGCACACAGCGCCAAUUCAGAUCCCGCUACGUCGGUGCCGAUGAGCGUCUUGCAAAUCUCAAAACCAUUCUCAUCACCCAUCUUCACGCCGACCAUGUUCUUGGUCUGGUUCCAUUACUGAUGUCGAUGAUGGGCCCAUCCGGCGCUUCUCCUCCCGCAGAUAGCGCAGCACCACGAGUAGAGAUCUACGGACCGCCAGGUCUGAGAGCCUUGAUACGGACCACAUUGUCUCUGUGCUACUCGCAGCUCAGUGGCAAGUAUGUCGUGCACGAGUUUGUGUGGCCGUCGACCAGUCAGCUGCCAGAUGGUGCAGCCCAUGCGCUCAGUGAUCAGCCUCAGCGGAUGGUCCCCGAUCUACCUUUGCACGACGGAGAAGUAGCUACUGGACGUGACCUUGAUAUGGACUCCCGAUCAUAUAGCUGGCCCAACUUCCUCGAGCUCAAGACCUCUUCACAUGGUCCAAGCGUGCGUGUCAGCGCAGCUCCUAUCUCACAUCGAUGUCCGACGCUCGCAUAUGUAUUCGAAGAGGAAGCCAGAGCGCCACCACUUGAUCCCAGUAUAGCUGAAGCGUUGAAGCGAAAUGCGAGAGCGCUCCAAGAGCAAAGAGGGAUCCGACACCCGCUAUCGCUCCUAUCGACGCUCACAACAAAACGUCGCUCAGUUCAACUGCCAGAUGGAACCGUCUUGCAUCCUCCACCACUGAGCCUGCCUGGUCGCAAAGUCACCCUCAUGGGCGACACAAGCGACGGUACUGGCGGCUUCUCUGAAGCGCAACUCCACGCCGGAUACGGCCUGCCUGCCCUCGCUUACGGAUCCGACGUCUUGGUCCAUGAGAGCACCAACAUUGCUCUCCCACCGUAUCUCAAUAAGAACGGCAAGGCUGACACGCUUCAAGAUGUAGCAGCGAAAGCGAAGCUGCGUGGACACUCUGUGCCCCAAGUAGCAGGCCAGUUCGCUGCUUUGCUGAAUGCGAAACGACUCAUCCUCAACCACUUCUCCACUAAAUACCCAAGCCCGCCGCAUCAUCUUCUCGACACUGCAGGCAUCAACCGGGACUCGACACAGGUGCAGGAGGGCAGUCAGCAGGCAGGGCGAGAUCGAAAGCUGGGCGAUCCGGAGCGAAAAGCGUUCAUCAUGAAGGAGUUCGAAGUACAGGCCUAUCAAGCUUGGCAGCAAGCCAUCAAGAGGCAAGGGACACAAUUCCAGACGUACUCAGCAUUCGAUGGGUUCCACUUUGAGGUUCCUGCUCGGCCAGAGGAGGUUGAAGGGGUAGCAAAAAGCGGUGAUGGGAAUGUGUAUGCAAGGCCAUGGGAGGCAGUAGUAGCACAAAGUGACAACGGCAACAGUCUGAAGAGGAAGCAUAACGAGCAAGGCACAGUAAGCGACGAGAAAAUCAACGUUUGGGAUCCUUCGUCUUUCCUCGUGCCAUCGUUGCGAGCCAAUGCACCGCGAUACGCCAUGGUGUUGCUCAACUCACCAAUCGACAGGCGGCAGGUGGGCCACUUUCGACGGUUGUGGGAUUCUGCCUCUCUGCGACUGUGUGCGGACGGCGCAGCCAACCGACUGCUCGACACCUUCGGCGCGACAGCAUUCGAAAGUCAGAGCGGGGCUUCCUCUGUGUCCUUGCCAAACGCCAUCUUGGGCGACUUGGAUUCUAUCCGACCAGAGACGCAGAGCUUUUUCGAAUCAAAAGGCGUAGGAGUGCACGUCCGACCAUCGCAGUACGCCACAGACCUACAAAAGACAAUCCAAGAGAUCCAAGACCAGGAGGAUACAGCAGCAGACGGCGUCGAGAAUACAGUCAUUAUCUUUGGCGGUCUUGCAGGGCGUUUGGAUCAAAGCGUACACACUCUGCAUGUGUUAUGGCAGCUAGCGCCCGGUACGAAGGAUUUGGGCGGCAUGGUGGAUCCGGAUGCAAGCAACGAGCGAGGCGACAGGCUGAGAAAGCGACCACGCACGUUUGCUAUUGGCGAUGGCAGUGUAGCCUGGUUGCUGCCCAAGGGGAAGCACACGCUGAAGAUGGCAAGAGAGGUGAUGGGAGAGACAUGCGGUAUCCUACCUCUUGGUGUGGGCGAUGAUGGUGCUAAAGUGACGACCAAAGGUUUGCAAUGGAAUCUGGAAGGAAACUCGACGACAUUGGGUGGAUUUCUGUCGACAUCAAAUUACCUCUUCGACAAGGAGGGUGUAGUUGAAGUGGAGAACGACGAGCCAGUAUACUGGACCGUAGAGCUUCGUCCGGAUAGCGACUGCAGUUUGUGA